AAGAAGGACAGAAAAUUUUGCAGGCUACAUCUGGUGAUUCAGCCAAUCUGGAUGUCAGACAGAGAGAAUAAUCAACUGGACAAGGAUAUUUCGCUCAAUUUUUCUCCUUCGCCAGAAAAUUUUUCCCAGCAGCCGUGCAAAUUUUGUCAUCAGUAUCACAAACUUCCUGAAAAUUUGAAAAGGAAGUUCGAAAACCAGUGCGACGAAAAAUGUUUUAAUCAACUAAAUUCUCGGUGGAUUAAGUUGACGAAAAAUGAAGUACACCAUGAAAACGUCGAAUUUAGCGUUCUUUAUCGGGGAAUUCAGGCUAUAAACGACUUAAUAUUGAAACAAAUUGAGAGGGCCUUACAAUUUGACUGCAUAUUGAAAGAUUCUAAAUUACAUGAGGAAAUAACAUUCACACCAACAAAAACAACGCAGAUUAAACGAACAGAACCGAUCCAGAAGGGGAAGUUUACAGAAGAGGACCACUCAGAGGAACAGAAGUCGUCAGAAAGUGAGAGAUUUAAGGAUAAGGGAUUCACAAGAAAAGCACGGAGAGGAUACUCGAGGAGAAGGGGAGAUGAAAGUGGUGUUAGGGAUGUUAGGGAUCAGGCCAAGCCGAGCCUGGAGGUGAGCCACACGGUCACCGAGUCCCAUCAGCUACUGCACGUCAAGACUAUCAUUGGACUGCUCCAUUCUAUUAUUGACAUCAUUCUCUUUACCAUGUCAGGCUCACUUGUCUUUGACCUGAAUGACGCGGAUAUUUGGAAAGGUUUUACAAAUAGAUGCAAAGAACUAGAGUCUCAGCUUGGAAUUCUAACAAACAAUUUUUUGGAAAAGAAAAUCUCGGAAAAAAUGGCGAGAAAAAAGAAACGUGAAGAGGACGUGCUGGGAUUGAUAGAAUCGCUGGAAAAUCGUCCGACCCGCUCUAAAGUGAAGCGACUCCACAAAGCCACACAGAUCCUGGUGGAAAAUGAGCGACAGAUUGGACUGAUCCAGGGGGAGAUAAUCUUUAUUAAGGACAUCACACUUAUCUCCCAGUCCCUCCGAGACCUCUUCACUUUCAUGGAGGGCGAGUUAUCCAGGAGUGGAAGAAGAGUUUCUAAACAUAGAGCCAUUAAAGGCGAAAAAGAUGAGAGAAGGGUGGCUAUGGAAGUAAAAGAUGACGCCGACAAGAGUCGGGCUAUAGCAACGGAAAAGUCAGGAAUGUCAGAAAAGCUGGGGCCCAGUGGAGAGAAAAAGACUGGAGAAGAAAAAGUUGGUCAAGCUGAAGGGACAUCAAAAGAUGCAAAAUUAUCAAAGAAAGAUGCUGGCGAAGGGAAAGCAAGGGAGGAAAAACCGUCUGAAAAGGGUGAAAAGGGGGCAUCCGGGGGAGUGGAUGACGUCAAAGAUCAAGUGGUCAAAGCCUUACAGGGGAAAGUGGGAGAGCUGGGUGACCAGUUAGGAGGGCACGUCAAGCAGAUCGGGGGACAAGUCUUCCAGGGUCUGCUGCAGAAAGCCAAGGACAUGACCAAUCUGAAUAUCAACAACGGGACAACCGACACGACCGAUGGUUCCUCCGAGAAUCUGCACGUGGAUUCGACGUGUUACGUCGUCCACAGUGUUUCUAACGACUCAGAUGACAGUGGUAGCCCAGUGCCGACGGGAAAUUCACGAAUCCUCCAUUUAAUGAGAAGCAUGAGAAGAUCCUGUAGACCUAGGUUGAAUGAGGAGAGACGUUCGCCAUACACACGAAGAGUGGAUCAAGACGGCGACAGUCAAUCUACGAAAACCUCCUCAGAGUCUGAAUCGUAUUCAGAUCAGCGGGACAUCAAGCCAUCCAAAGAAUCAGAUUCUGAAGAUACGGGGACUUUUGUAAAACCACGUGUAGGCAAACCACUUCGACGCCAUGCUGAAGUUUCCUAUUCUGUCACAGAUGCCGAGAACACAGGGGAAACUACUAAAAUUAGUGAACCGAAGUUAUCUCCCUGUAUAAAGAAAGGAACUCAAGUAAAAAGUACAAAAUAUUUAGAUGAGAGUGAAGUUUCUUCUUCUGAUACCAAGGUUUUGGACUCCGAAAACAUAGAUGUUACAGAAUCUAGCUCAAAUAUUUCACCACGUCUUAAAAAGGGAAAACAAAGAUUGAGAUGGUGGAGGAACAAUGACACAAAAGACUAUGAGAGUGAUACUUCGCCGUCCUAUGAAUACCAUAGUCGUCCAAAAGCAGGAGGUCAGAAAAUAGAUAUAGGCGGCCCUAAGUUAUCACUUAGAAUAGGAGAUGUUGGGGUCAAAUUUUCGCCUGAAGGACGACUAUUACCUCAAAUAAGAGGUGUUUCUGUUCAGAAAAGGACUAAGAGAGCAAAGGGUCAAGACCUUGGGGACGUGACCCGUGAACGUGCUGCUGCUGGAAGUGGAAUGUUCUCUCGCCUAAAAAAGCUGUCAUUUUACGAGAAACCGGAGAUUGAAAACAAAAUGGUAUUUGUGGAGGAAGGUGAUGAUUCAAGCUUGAGUGAUGAUGAGGCGAUUGUGUCUGGUUCCGAUGACGUCAUCGAGUUUGUGACGUCCUCUCGGAGUAGCGAAUCAGACGCAAAGAAAUCGCAGUCAGAUACCAGUGUUUACACAAAACCAGCGUUCUAUGAUAAAUCGGUUGGAUCAGAAAAUAAGGAGACUAUGUCGGAAUCCACUCAAGUAAUCCUCGAGGAACCCAUUGUUAACCGUGUUAAGAGAAUUGCAGAAAAGACCGCCAAAUAUACAUUUUCAGCUAUUUCUAUCGGUCUGGGUUCCUGGUCUAUUCGCUAUUCGUAUAAAUGUUACACUGAGUGCAGGGUUGACUGUUUUGAUAUGUCAAUGUAUGAGAAAUUAUUGGAACUAAGACAUGUAUGAAUUUAGUUUGAACAUAUAUGAUUUUGAGCACUAUAGAACAUACAGGUCAGAUCUAUUAUUGAAUUCACUCAGGCCUGUAGAAAGUAAAGAAGACGAGACGGUCUGAAUGAUAUUGUAGUAACCUGGAGUCAUCUGGGUCAGGUCAUGAUUUAGAUAUCUGUAGUUAACUAUUAAAGGGAAAUGCAGUCAUUACAUGGACAAUGAUUUUAUGUGUAUGAAUUAAAUUCAAACAUAGGACAUGAGUACAUCUUGAGUUCAGACUCAAAUUUUUCUAAGUAUUGAAAAGGGAAUUCGUUCAAAUGGUGUAAUUUUAUUCACUCAAAUUUCCAUAAGUGCAUGAUAACUCAAAGAUACAUUGCUUUUAAUUCAAUGUACAUUACUUCAUGUUAAACUUGAGACUUUAAACCAUUCAGAUUUUUUUGUCUUCUUGUGUAACUGCUUAUCAGUAAAAAUAACAAAUUGAAAUCAUUGUGUUAA